UACCUUUGACAGGCCUAGUACUAGGCUUGUACAAUGUUCCGGGAAAAGUUACUUUAUCCAUUUUCUUUCUUGUGACCGCUCCCCUAGCAUAAUCACCAAUAAACAAACUGUACACAUUCCAACACAACCAAGCUGAAAGUAUCUCCAUGUUCUUUUCUCUUCUUUUCCAUUGGCACGCAUCCCUUUUUGUUGUUUUGAAAUCCAGAAUCAUUCUUCUUUUUUCUUAACGAAUUUUGAAAGAUAAUGAAAAGGGAAAACUUAUCAUGUGCAUGAUGCUUGUUUACAAUUUUGAAUUUGGUAUUAAUUGAGUGAUAAGGAAGGGAUAAGUAAGAUUCUCUUAAGUGGGUUAUUCCUUUUCAUGUUCCAGACCAGAUGGACACUAUAUUUUGGCCUUAUUGAUUCUGGCAUGGACCUACAUUCCAUUCUUGAUGGAACUUGGUCUUAGCAAAUGGGUUCUGGCGUUUGCACUUUCUUCAUGGCUGCUGUUUUCCAGAGCAUACUCAGGUGAGCCUGUUUUGUUUCGAGCUUGCUAAUUGUUGAAUUUCUUACUUUUUAAUUCCUUGCUUGAUAAAAGUGGAGGGAUUAAGAGGCAAUUCUAAAGUCCGGGGAGUGAACUUGGGAGGUUGGCUGGUGAUUGAAGGUUGGAUCAAGCCAUCACUCUUUGAUGCCAUUCCCAACGGAGACAUGCUUUGUAGGAUGGUACUGGGGUUCGUUUCAUGUCAGUGUCGUCGCACAAGUAUGUGAGUGCAGAGAAUGGAGGUGGUAUGGGUGUUACAGUGGAUAGAGAUGUUGCUUUUUCGUGGGAAACUUUUAAGUUGUGGAGAGUUUCUGCAUCUGAAUUUCAGCUUCGCACCUCUCAAGGCUAUUUUCUAGCAUGUUAUGGUGAAGGGUGCUCCAUUUCUGCCACAGCAAACUCACCUUCAGAAGGGGAAAUAUUUUAUAUUGAAAGGAAUAACAACAAUCAAGUUCACAUAAAACUUAUUACCGGGGCUUAUCUGCAGGUUACAGUAGGAAAUCUGCUGACAGCAGACUAUCCAGGGAAACCAGGAUGGGAUGAUAAUGCAGCUACAUUCGAAAUGAUGAUAGUGGCAAAUGACUUGCAUGGAGAUUACCAGCUUGCAAAUGGAUAUGGACAUCAUCAGGCCAAGGAGGUUCUUAAGAAACACAGAAAUAGUUUUAUUACUAUGGACGAUUUCAGUUUUCUAUAUAGACGUGGGAUAAAUACUGUGAGGAUUCCUGUUGGCUGGUGGAUUGCUUUCGAUCCUGAUCCACCUGCUCCUUUUAUUGGGGGAUGUUUGGAAGCUCUAGAUAAUGCUUUCUCAUGGGCACAAGCCUAUAAUAUAAAAUGUGUAAUUGACCUUCAUGCGGCUCCUGGCUCCCAAAAUGGGGCGGAACAUAGUGCUAGUAGAGAUGGUACAACAGGCUGGCCUUCCUCUCCAGAUUAUGUCUCAAAGACAUUGGAUGUUAUUGACUUUUUAGCUUCCAGAUAUGCAAGACAUCCUGCUUUGCUGGGAAUUGAGCUUUUAAAUGAACCAUCUGCCUCCUUGGUUCCCAUGGAAGUUUUAGUUCCAUAUUACAAGCAAGGCUAUGAAAUUGUUCGAAAAUACUCCUCUACGGCUUAUGUAAUAAUUUGCCAAAGAAUUGGCAAUGCAGAUCCGAUAGAACUUUACCAGGCGAAUAUAAGCUCUCAUAAUUUAGUUGUGGAUUUGCAUUUUUACAAUCUUUUUGAUACUUACUUUGUUAAUAUGAGCACUAUGGAUAACAUAGAUUUUGUAUACAAGAGCAGGGCAGCUCAAUUACAGGCUCUGAACAGUGCAAAUGGCCUGCUUGUUUUUGUUGGGGAAUGGGUGAAUGAGUGGAACGUGACAACUGCGUCUCAGACAGAUUAUCAAGAUUUUGGUAGAGCACAACUUGAGGUUUAUAAUGCAGCUUCCUUUGGAUGGGCAUAUUGGACUCUCAAAAAUGACAGAAAGCACUGGGAUUUUGAAUGGAACAUUAGGAACAAUUAUCUCCAACUGGGUAAUUCAACUACCAGGAAAAUUUAUGACAAGUUAGUAUUGCUUGGAUUGAUUUCUGCCUGGAUCUUUCUGCUUUGUAUACUAUAAUGGAUAACAGAAGAGUCGAAAGAGGAAGAUCCACUGGCGGCUGCUUUUUUUGUCAUUGAGUUUUUCCCAGAUUUUGUCAAUAUUCAUUCAUUUGUUAUGCCAAUUUGCAAGGUCAUUAAUACUGUAAGACCAAAGAGUUUCCACAGGAAAUGUGGACGGUCCUGUAAAAGCAUGGAAGCUACAAAGUGUUCUCGUUCUGAAUAAUAUCACUCCUUUGCUUGUUCUCUACA